UGUUUGUUCUGUUUUGGGUUAAAUUUGUUAUUUUCGCGUAAAAAAAAGUGUUUAAAAGUGCGGUAUUCGCGUUUAAAAUCGAAAUGGAACUGCCGAAAGAGUUGUCCGUUGCCGAGAUACGCAACUACAUGCUGGCGAACGACUGCAAAGUGACAAAUCAUGCGCUGGUCAAGCAUUUCAAGAAAUUUCUCACGCACCCGCAAACGCAAAAUGAGGCUCGCAAGCGUUUUAAGACCUAUGUGACCCUGCUGUCCACCAUAAAGAACGAAAACAAUCAGAAGUUCUUGAUACUGCGCAAAAAGUAUGUGAACGAGUGCCCCUCGGAUGAGGUUGCCGAGCGGGCUGUGGCCGCCGCCUCUAGUGCCCCGGAGCCCUCGAGUCCCGGCGGCGCUUCCCUAAACUUUGACUCACCCAUGAGGCAGCCACCGCCUUACAAGAACCCACCGAUGGUCACAUCUCCGCCAGUAUCAGCGCCAGCUCCAGCUCCACCGCCGCCUGUGCCGGCAGCCACUGGAGUAACUGUGAACAAGGAGCACCAGGAGAGCUACAAGGAUUGCGUCAACGAAUUCACGGCUGCCAUAACACGCAUCGAUCCCAGGCGCCUGGAGAGGCAGGAAUCAACGAAAGCCGUGGAGCCGGAACCCAUUCCACAGCAGGCCACACGUUCCAAUUCCAUUGAUGAGGCCUUGGCCAACAAGGAGAACAUUCCACGCUUCUCCUUCUCCUCUGGUGCCUCCACGGACAGCAGCUCCAAUGAAAAGCCGGAGCUGGCUGACGAAACAAAGCCAGAGGGUGGCGGCGGUGGCACUGGUGAAGCGGCCGAGAAUCCCAUGAGCGUAAAGGAGGCCACGCGCAAGUUCAACCGGAUGGCAUCCGAAGAGGAGGCCAAAAUCAUAUCGCCGCCAGCCAAGAAGAAGCCAGAGAAGCAAUUAAUCGAGGAGAAGGACUCACCGGAGGUUACACUGUCGCAUCCCAAGGCUAAGGAGUGGAUCGUCUCGAUGGCAAAGGCUAAUUACCAGGAGCUAGCCAAGAUGGCCAGCGAGUUCCCGGAACUGGUUAAGCUGCAGUGUCCAGCCACGGGCUAUACCGCCUUGCACUGGGCCGCCAAGCAUGGUAAUGAGGAUGUGGUCAAGCUAAUUGCCGGCACCUAUAAGGCCGAUGUUAAUGCCAGAACGAACGGGGGAUACACACCGCUUCACUUGGCCACCCAAUUUGGCAGAGAUAAUAUCUUUGAAUUACUCUGGAAUGUUUACAAGGCCAAUCGUGACAUUAUGGACUAUAGCGGCAACAAACCCUUGGAUUAUAGUCGCCAGCGACCAAGUGUCUCGGCCUCCACAUGCAGCAAAAUCAAGGCACGCAAAAAGCAUGCAAUCGAAAAAGAUUUGGGCUUCCUGCGGAUUGGUUCACUGAAUGUCCGGGUAAAGAAGACCACCGAGGCGUUCAGCAAUUUCUUGGGAGUGGGCAAUGGCAGUGGAGUGGCCCAGAUGCCCUAUGGCGGGGCAGCGGGAACGGGAGCAGCAAGUCACCCUCACCAUCGAUCUCGCCGAGCCUCUCAUCAGCGUCAUCAUCACCACGUUGGUACGACACGGAAUCGCCAUCCGAAUCAGAGGGCAGCGAUGAGCACACCCUACGCCACGAACGGCGGCGGAAUACCGUCGAGGGCGAGUGCUCCCAAUAGCCAUCGCAACAUUUACGAAGGAGUGCACAAGUCGUGGGGAUCGGCGGAUAAUAUAACGCAGCGAUCGGAGGAACUGAUGCCGCCGCCCAAGUCGGUGGACUACGUCAGCAAGCAGCGGAACAAGUCCUCGAAGCGUUCGUCCUAUGCCUCGAAUGCCACCGAUUCGCCCCGAGACUCCAUCUGCUCCUCAAAUUCCAGUUCCAAUCUGAAUGGCGGCUACAGCAGCAUGCCCACCACCCCGAACCAGAUGCGUGCCCCCAAGGGUAUAGUUCCCUCCUUUGCCGCGGACUCCGAUUCGGAUUCCGCCUGCGGAUUCGACUCCAGUUGGUCGGUCAAUUGUCGCAACUCCUCUAGCAGCAAUCCUUCACAAUCCUAAUUACCUGAAGAAGCCCAUUAUAUCUACCCCACUUAGGGGACACCACUUAAAACAUUGACCAUAUGUAAUCGAAAAAGUAUUUGUGUUUCACUUGAACUAACAACUAAAAACUAUAUUUUUAUAAGGAAAUUUUAUGUAAAGCCGUGUAAGUGUAUUUUUGGAAAUAAAAUUUUG